UCGGCUCCUCCUCAGUCGCGUCGAGUCGGUCGUACUCUCUAAACCUAAUCAUGAUGGAACCCAUGUCGAAUCUCGUCAAGGUGCACUUGCCGAACUACUUAUCCGGUCUGCCCAUUCCUGACACCAUCGGAGGAUGGUUUCGACUUGGAGUUAAAGACUGGCUGGCUUUGGUACCACCAACCGCUGCACUGGUUGGUCUAGGUUACAUGUCCUACUUAGCAUUUUGCCCAGAGGCUAGAAAGUCGGACAAGCGUGUGAAUUGUUGUAUCAACUUGAAGUCUGACAAGAUUGUCGAUGUUGUGGAUGUAGAAGACAUUACUGAAAAAGCAGCAUUCUGUCGCUGUUGGAAAACCAAGAACUGGCCUUACUGCGAUGGUUCUCAUGCUAAACACAAUAAAGAAACUGGCGACAACUUGGGACCACUGUUGGUUAAGAAAACAUCAUCCUAAAGUAAAAACUUAUAAAUAAUGUUAUACAUUGUACAGUAGAUCAUUGGAGUGUUGUCUAUUUUUAAUAGUCUACUGGAUGGUGCUUUAUGUUUAUUUUCAAAAACAUUGUUGAAUAGGGAAUUUUUACAUCACUUAAUUUUACUCAAUUAUUUUAUGUUACUAUUAUUUCAGUAUUUUUUGAAGCAUCAUUUUUAGGAACAACUUUUGUUACAUUAUACUUAGUAGAAAAUUGUGAUGGUAUACACUAUUAUUAUAUGAGAGGAGAAAAAUAAAAUAAUUGGAUUCAAAGUA